GCAGGAAGGGGCGGGGGGCUCGGAGCCGCAGGCAGGAAGAGACCGACCCACCGACAGUCGCUGCGCCUCAGUCCGCCUCUGGACUUCGUCAUGUGGGGUCUCCUGCUCGCCUUGGCCGCGUGUGCGCCUCUGGCUGGCCUGGGUCUGGGGGCGCCCAGUACCUCUGUGCUGGAUCUGGCGAAGCCCCUCUCCACCGAGGCCGGGGUCUCCACCCCGGAGCUGAGCAGCCCCACGCAGUCGCCUGCAGAGAGCAAGAAUGGCACCUCAAAACAGCAUCUCCGGGUUCGCAUCACCAAGAAGAAGGUUAUCAUAAAGAAGCGAAAAAAACUCACACGGCCCAAAUCCCGGGUGACUACUGGGCCCCCAGUGACAGCUACCCCUGAGCACCCCAAGCAGCAAGACCCAGGCUGUCCCCCUUUGGGUCUGGAGUCCCUGAGAGUUUCCGAUAGCCAGUUCGAGGCAUCCAGCAGCCAGUCCUUUGGUCUUGGACCCCACCGAGGACGGCUUAACAUCCAGUCAGGCCUGGAGGAUGGGGAUUUGUUCGAUGGGGCCUGGUGUGCAGAUGAGCAGGACCCCGAGCCGUGGCUGCAGGUGGACGCGAGGCGCCCUGUCCGCUUCUCAGGCAUCAUCACUCAGGGCAGGAACUCGAUCUGGAGGUACGACUGGGUCACCUCAUUUAAGGUCCAGUUCAGCAAUGACAGUCGGACCUGGUGGGCCAGUAAGAACAUCAGCGGUGGGAUGGAUGCGGUAUUUCCUGCCAAUUCGGACCCCGAGACCCCAGUGCUGAAUGUCCUGCCGGAGCCCCAGCAGGCCCGCUUCAUCCGCCUGCUCCCCCAGACCUGGCUGCAGGGGGGCGCAGCUUGCCUCCGGGCCGAGAUCCUGGCCUGUCCCGUCCCAGAUCCCAACUACCCGAUCCCCGAGGCACAGAUCCUGGGGUCCCCAGACCAGCUGGACUUCAAGCAUCACAAUUACAAGGCCAUGAGGAAGCUGAUGAAGCAAGUGAACGAGCAGUGCCCCAACAUCACCCGAAUCUACAGCAUAGGGAAGAGCUACCAGGGCCUGAAGCUGUAUGUGAUGGAAAUGUCGGACCAGCCCGGGGAGCACGAGCUGGGAGAGCCAGAGGUGCGCUACGUGGCUGGCAUGCACGGCAACGAGGCCCUGGGCCGGGAGCUCCUGCUGCUGCUCAUGCAGUACCUGUGCCAGGAGUUCCUCCGAGGGGACCCGCGGGUGACCCGGCUGCUCACCGAGACGCGCAUCCACCUGCUGCCGUCCAUGAACCCCGAUGGCUACGAGACGGCCUUCCGGCGGGGCUCUGAGCUGGUGGGCUGGGCAGAGGGGCGCUGGACCCAUCAGGGCAUUGACCUCAACCACAACUUUGCUGACCUGAACACGCCCCUGUGGGAUGCAGAGGACGAUGGUCUGGUCCCCAACACCGUCCCCAACCACCACCUGCCGCUCCCGGCAUACUACGUCCUGCCCAAUGCCACUGUGGCCCCCGAGACUUGGGCCGUGAUCAAGUGGAUGCAGCGGAUCCCCUUCGUGCUGAGCGCCAACCUCCACGGCGGGGAGCUCGUGGUGUCCUACCCCUUCGAUAUGACCCGCACCCCAUGGGAGGCCCGUGAGCUCACGCCCACCGCGGAUGACGCCGUGUUCCGCUGGCUCAGCACCGUCUACGCGGGCACCCACCGGGGGAUGCAGGACCCCGACCGCCGGCCCUGCCACAGCGAGGACUUCUCUGUGCAUGGCAACAUCAUCAACGGCGCCUACUGGCACACGGUGCCCGGGAGCAUGAAUGACUUCAGCUACCUGCACACCAACUGCUUUGAGAUCACCGUGGAACUAUCCUGUGACAAGUUCCCCCAUGAGAGUGAGCUGCCAAUGGAGUGGGAGAACAACAAAGAAGCCCUCCUCACCUACCUGGAGCAGGUACGGAUGGGCAUUGCAGGCGUGGUGCGGGACAAGGACACGGAGCUGGGCAUUGCUGAUGCUGUCAUUGCCGUGGAGGGGAUUAACCACGAUGUGACAACAGCCUGGGGCGGGGACUACUGGCGCCUGCUGACCCCAGGGGAAUACGUGGUGACGGCCAGUGCCGAGGGCUACCACACAGCCACACGGAGCUGCCACGUCACCUUUGAAGAGGGUCCCGUUCCCUGCGAUUUCCACCUCACCAAGACCCCUAAACAGAGACUGAGGGAGCUGCUGGCAGCUGGGACCAAGGUGCCCCCCGACCUUCGGAGGCGCCUGGAGCUUCUGAGGGGGCAAAACAGUGCCAGCUGACGAGCCUCAGAACUGCGGGCGGGCUGGACCUGUCCCGGACUGA